AUGCACUCAAAAUUUCAGAAAGAAAUAUUGUAAUUCUAUAGAUCAGUUCUUAAAUGGGCCAGUCUUAAGCCAGAGCCAGCUAAAUCUAGUAUUAUAUAGUAUGCUUAGAAUGAAUAUAGGAAGAAUUAAAAUAUUCCUAAAAAAAAGUUUGAUAGGGUAUUAUUUCUUAUAAAUAUUUAUUAGAUUGAAUUUCUGUUUAGAUCAGGAAAGAAUAAAUUUGAAAUAUGGAAGGUAUAUAAUUUUAAUAUAAUAAGGAUGCUAAAAUUGACUAAAUAUAAAUAAAAUGA